AUGGUGCUCGAGUUCCGUGAGAUGCUCGGGCGGCAUGGAGGCAAGGAGAUUGCGAAGGUGGUUGAGGAGACAGUGGUGCAGUGGAAGUUGGAGGGGCGUUGUCUUGGGUUGACGUCAGACAACGCCUCCAGCAACAUUGCUGCCUUCAGGCGGCUGUCGGAGGAGGGUGGUGGGAGGUGCUUCUUCACCGAGCGCAUGCACUUCCGCUGCCUGGCACAUGUGAUCAACCUUGCCGUGAAGGCAGCUCUCGCAGUGGCCGCCAUCCGCAAGCUGCUGAAGAUCCUGAGGGAGAUGGCGUCGUGGGUGGGCUUCUCGCCGCAGCGCUCAGGGAAGUUCCUGGGCCUGCAACGGACCUUGAACGCGCAGGCCAACCCCGCCAAACCGAAGCCGGCACUGAAGCUGGUGCAGGACUCUCCCACGCGCUGGGGCUCGACACACGACAUGGUCGAGCGAGCCGGGGUUCUGCAGGAACCUAUCAACUCCAUUCGCCAGAGUCUCGAAGGCAGCGGAGGGGGCGGCGUACCCUACAGUGUCGAUGGUGUUGCCGUACUACAACGGCCUGAUCGACGCUUGGAGGCGCGCCUUGCGAAGGGGCCAUCGGCUGCGCUGAAGCCGAUGAUCGAGGCGGCGCUGGGGGUCCUGAAGAAGUACGCGUACAUGUCCUCCAACGAGCUGUGGAUCGCCACCUUCUUGGAUCCGUCCAUGAAGGCGGCGUGGUUUGAUGACGAGCACUGGGAGUCGCAGCAUCCCGAGACCGAGCCGAGGGUGAGGCCGCGUCCCACUUCUAGCGAGGUGGUCCAGCUGGUACGCGAUCGCGUGGCCGAGUACCAGGCCCGGGCUGCAGCGCUUGCCCCCCGGGCGCCCCCACUUGCCACCGUGACGGAGGAGGAGGAGGGUGACGCAGCGGAUGACGACGAGGAUGCGCAGUACAUCCCUAGUCGCCGUCGCCUUGCAGCGCGUCUCUCAACGAGCCAGCAGGCGGAGAGGGGUGGGAUGCUACAGGAUGACGAGGUUAGCAGGUACCUGUCGGAGCGGGUGCGGGAGGACGUGACGGCUCUGGAGUACUGGCGCACCGCCACCAACAUGCAGACGCUCAGGCGCAUGGCCCGAGACUAUCUCGCGAUCCCUGCCACGUCCGCAUCGAGCGAGCGGGUGUUCUCCCUUGGCCGCAACGUCAUUUCCUGGAAGCGGCACCGCCUGGCCUCCCAGAGAACGCGAGCUAUCAUGGUUCUCCGAUCCUGGUACACCUCACACCCCGGCCAGAGGAUAGGCGAGGGCCGCCGACAGAGGGGCGUCGCACCGCCAGAGAUUGCCAUUGAGGGCGAGGGGGCGGAGGACGAUGACGAGGAGGAGGAGGAGGAGGAGGAGGAGGAGGAGGAGGAGGAGGAGGAGGAGGAGGAGGGAGAGGAGGAGGAGGAGGAGGAGGAGGAGGAGGAGGGGGAGGGUGAGGGGGAUGCUGAUGACACAGCGACUGGGGUGGAGCCUGCUGUUGGUAGUAGCAGUGGCGCGGCGUUAGCGUAG